CGACGGGAGCCCCUGAAGGGGGUUCCCAAGGGGCUCGUAAGAGAGAAUCCCCAAAGGGGGGUCCCCAAAGGGGGGUCCCAAAAGGGCCCCAAAGGGGUCCCGUGUCCCCCCCCCACUCACCUUCUCCCCGCGCGCCCCGUCCCGGGGGUGACGUCACACAACCGAGGCCCCGCCCCCCGGAGACAGCAUCGACCAAUGGCGGCGCUCAGCCACGCCCCCGAAGAAGUAUCGACCAAUGGCGGCGCUCGGCCCCGCCCCGGGGAAGCAUUGACCAAUGGCGGCGCUCGGCCCCGCCCACGGUGGGCGUGUCUUUCCGGGCCGCGAUGGCGGCGCCCGUGAGGGACCGGGAGGCGCUUCAGAGGCUGAACUUCCUGUUCCAGGCCGCCCACUGGGUGCAGCCCCACAGCCCCGCCCUGGCCCGGUUCUACCUGAGCACCCAAAGAGGGGCCUCCCGGCGCCUGGUGCUGCGCCUGGCGGGGCCAGCCCCGGGUCGUCCUUCGCUGUCUCACCUGCGGCCGCAGGAGGCGCUUCCUGUGCCCACCUGAGCCACGCCCACCCGAGCCACGCCCACCCAAACAGGACACACCCACCCCACCAAACAGGACACACCCACCCGAGCGACACCCACCAACCAGGACACACCCGAGCCACGGCCACCAAACAGGCCACCCCCACCAAACAAGACCCACACCUGAGCCACGCCCACCCACCAAACAAGACACACCCACCUGAGCCACGCCCACCCACCCAGGCCACACCCACCUGA